AUGAACAAUUCCCUGGAGAACGCCAUCUCCUUCGAAGAGUACAUCCGCGUGAAGGCGCGCUCCGUCCCGCAGCACAGGAUGAAGGAGUUUCUGGACUCGCUGGCCGCCAAGGGCCCGGAAGCCCUUCAGGAGUUCCAGCAGACCACCACGGCCAUGGUGUACCAGCAGGGCGGUAGCUGCGUCUAUACCGACAGCACCGAGGUGGCCGGCUCCUUGCUUGAACUUGCCUGCCCAGUCACCACCAGUGUUCAGCCACAGACCCAGCAAGAACAGCAGAUCCAGGUUCAACAGUCACAGCAAGUCCAGGUACAAGUGCAGGUACAGCAGUCUCCGCAGCAGGUUUCCGCCCAGCAGCUCUCCCCGCAGCUCACCGUUCACCAGCCUCCUGAGCAGCCCUUCCAGGUCCAGGUGCAGAUCCAAGGCCAAGCACCGCAGCCGGCAGCUCCUUCCAUCCAGACCCCGACCUUGCAGAGUCCCAGCCCCUCCCAGCUCCAGGCAGCCCAGAUCCAGGUGCAGCACGUGCAGGCCGCACAGCAGAUCCAAGCCACAGAGAUCCCCGAGGAGCACAUCCCGCACCAGCAGAUCCAGGCUCAGUUGGUGGCCGGCCAGUCUCUCGCUGGGGGUCAGCAGAUCCAAAUCCAGACCGUGGGCGCCCUCUCCCCACCACCGUCCCAGCAGGGCUCCCCGCGGGAAGGGGAGCGGCGGGUUGGCACAGCCAGUGUUCUCCAGCCGGUGAAGAAGCGCAAAGUGGACAUGCCCAUCACUGUGUCCUACGCCAUCUCAGGGCAGCCGGUGGCCACCGUGCUGGCCAUCCCACAGGGCCAGCAGCAGAGCUACGUGUCUUUGAGGCCGGACUUACUGACAGUGGACAGUGCCCACCUGUACAGUGCCACUGGGACCAUUACGAGCCCCACCGGAGAGACCUGGACCAUCCCUGUGUACUCUGCCCAGCCCCGGGGCGACCCUCAGCAGCAGAGCAUCACCCACAUCGCCAUUCCCCAGGAGGCCUACAACGCAGUCCACGUCAGCGGCUCGCCCACGGCCCUGACGGCCGUCAAGCUGGAGGACGACAAGGAGAAGAUGGUGGGCACGUCGGUCGUGAAGAACUCGCAUGAAGAGGUUGUGCAGACCCUGGCAAACUCUCUCUUCCCAGCACAGUUCAUGAAUGGCAACAUCCACAUUCCAGUGGCUGUGCAGGCUGUGGCGGGCACAUACCAGAACACAGCUCAGACUGUCCACAUAUGGGACCCUCAGCAGCAGCCGCAGCCACAGACCCCCCAGGAACAGACGCCGCCGCCGCCGCCGCCUCCGCAGCAGCAGCAGCUCCAGGUGACUUGUUCAGCUCAAACUGUUCAGGUUGCUGAAGUUGAACCACAGUCACAGCCACAGCCUUCCCCAGAACUUCUGCUUCCAAAUUCUCUGAAGCCAGAAGAAGGGCUGGAAGUAUGGAAAAACUGGGCCCAGACCAAGAACGCUGAGCUAGAGAAGGAUGCUCAGAACAGACUGGCGCCCAUCGGGAGGCGCCAGCUUCUGCGAUUCCAGGAAGAUCUCAUCUCCUCUGCGGUGGCCGAGCUGAACUACGGGCUCUGCCUGAUGACACGGGAAGCGCGGAAUGGCGAAGGGGAGCCCUAUGACCCUGACGUGCUCUACUACAUCUUCCUGUGCAUACAGAAGUAUCUCUUUGAAAACGGACGGGUGGAUGACAUUUUCUCAGAUCUUUAUUACGUUCGAUUCACGGAGUGGCUGCAUGAAGUUCUGAAGGACGUUCAGCCCCGAGUCACUCCACUGGGCUACGUGCUGCCCAGCCACGUGACCGAGGAGAUGCUGUGGGAGUGCAAGCAGCUCGGGGCUCACUCCCCUUCCACCCUGCUGACCACCCUCAUGUUCUUUAACACCAAGUACUUCCUGUUGAAGACCGUGGACCAGCACAUGAAGCUGGCCUUCUCCAAGGUCUUGCGACAGACCAAGAAGAACCCCUCCAACCCCAAGGACAAAAGCACGAGCAUUCGGUACCUGAAGGCCCUCGGGAUACACCAGACCGGCCAGAAAGUUACUGAUGACAUGUAUGCAGAACAGACGGAAAAUCCAGAGAAUCCACUGAGAUGUCCCAUCAAGCUGUACGAUUUCUACCUCUUUAAAUGUCCCCAGAGUGUGAAAGGCCGGAAUGACACCUUUUACCUGACACCUGAGCCAGUGGUGGCCCCCAACAGCCCAAUCUGGUACUCGGUUCAGCCAAUCAGCAGAGAGCAGAUGGGACAGAUGCUGACUCGGAUCCUGGUGAUACGAGAAAUUCAGGAGGCCAUUGCAGUGGCCAACACAAGCACCAUGCACUGA